GCCGGCGCGCAGGGCCCAUGAGCGCCCGUCGGUAGCGUGCCAGCCUGCCGUGCCCGGAGCCCGAGCGCAGCCUCGAGGUCCCACCUGAGGUGCCCCUGACCAUCCCUGAUCCCCACCCCACCCCGGAUCCCGGCAAUGCUAACCGCUGUCUGCGGCUCUCUGGGCAGCCAGCACACGGACGCGCCUCACGCCUCCCCGCCGCGCCUCGACCUGCAGCCUCUCCAAACAUACCAGGGCCACACGAGCCCGGAGGCCGGGGACUACCCCUCCCCGCUGCAGCCUGGAGAGCUGCAGAGCCUCCCGCUGGGCCCUGAGGUGGACUUCUCACAGGGCUAUGAGCUGCCGGGGGCCUCCUCUCGGGUAACCUGCGAGGACCUGGAAAGCGACAGUCCCUUGGCCCCGGGACCCUUUUCCAAGCUCCUGCAGCCGGACAUGUCACACCAUUACGAAUCGUGGUUCCGGCCAACUCACCCAGGCACUGAGGAUGGCUCGUGGUGGGACCUUCAUCCGGGCGCCAGCUGGAUGGACCUCCCCCACACUCAGGGCGCGUUGACCUCACCCGGCCACCCCGGGGCGCUUCAGGCUGGCUUGGGGGGCUACGUCGGAGACCACCAGCUUUGUGCCCCGCCGCCCCACCCACACCCGCACCACCUCCUCCCGGCCGCGGGAGGGCAGCACCUCCUGGGGCCUCCCGACGGGGCUAAGGCCUUGGAAGCGGCCGCCCCGGAGUCCCAGGGGCUGGAUUCCAGUCUGGACGGGGCAGCCCGGCCCAAAGGCUCCCGGCGGUCAGUGCCCCGCAGCUCUGGCCAGACCGUCUGCCGCUGCCCCAAUUGCCUGGAGGCGGAGCGACUGGGGGCUCCGUGCGGGCCCGACGGGGGCAAGAAGAAGCAUUUGCACAAUUGCCACAUCCCGGGCUGCGGGAAAGCCUACGCCAAGACGUCGCACCUGAAGGCGCACCUGCGCUGGCACAGCGGCGACCGCCCCUUCGUGUGCAACUGGCUCUUCUGCGGCAAGCGCUUCACGCGCUCCGACGAGCUGCAGCGCCACCUCCAGACCCACACGGGCACCAAGAAGUUCCCCUGUGCAGUCUGCAGCCGCGUCUUCAUGCGCAGCGACCACCUGGCCAAACACAUGAAAACCCACGAGGGCGCCAAAGAGGAGGCUGCCGGGGCGGCCCCAGGCGAGGGCAAGGCCGGCGGAGCGGUGGAGCCCCCCGGGGGCAAAGGCAAGAGGGAGGCCGAGGGCGGCGCGGCUCCCUCCAACUGAGCUGCUCGGGUA